GUAAAGGCUUUGGUAGUGGGAGAGGGGUGCUAGAAAUAGGGUUAAGAUUUAGGAAUCGAACCAAAAUCUGAAACGAGCGACCAUGGCGAUUAGGAAUUUCUACAACCAGAUCAAGGGGCUCAAGGUGAAGGAAGUGCCCGAGCACGUCAAGCCGAUGCUGAGCCUCUCUUACGCCAAGAGUACGAUCAAGAAGGGUUUGGACAACUAUCACGCCAAGUACAUCGUCACCGAUUCCAUCGAUCCUCUCUAUCACGUCUGCUUCGGCGGUAUGCUUUUCUCUUACUUGGUCGUUCUUCCCGAGGAGCGCCGCCACCUCGAGCACCAACAGCAUGCCAAAGAACACGGCGAUCACCAUUGAUUUACUUCCAAGGUUUCAUCAAGGUUCAAGUGGCUGUCAAUGGGAAGGAUUGCUUCUGUUUUUUUGUUUUUAUUUGUUUUUUUUUAUUUGAAGGAUUUCUGAUCAACUAAACCAGCAUUGAUUGUAUGGAUGGAUGUUGGAUUAAUUAAAUUUAUCAGCAGCAACUGUCAGAAUAAAUUCAUUUGAAGAUAUUUUCAGUCUUGCUAUCAAUAUGAUUGUACUUGGUUUGUUUUUAU